AUGAUGAUUAUGAUGCCUCCAAAUGUACGCAUCAAGCGUAGAUGUCUGCAGCAGCAGCAGCAGCAGCAGCAGCAGCAGCAGCAGCAGCAAGAAGAGGAAGAUGCAGCAGCAGCUUUGGGUGACUUCGGGAACGAAAGCAGGUCAGGCAAGCUGCGUGUGUUGAUGGCGAUGGUUAGGGUUUGGGUGCAGCAGCAGCAGAAGGCGGUUGUCUUCGGCUUGACGCAGCAAACCCUCGAUUGUAUUGCUGCAGCAAUGAGCAGGGGAGCUGCGUAUACACCCCAGCAGCAGCAGCAGCAGCAGCAGCAGCAGAAACAGCAGCAGCAGCAGGAGGGGGGAGAAGAGGAGGAAGAGGAGGAGGAGGAGCAGCAGCAGCAGAAGGAGCAGCAGCAGCAGCAGCAGCAGCAAGAGGGAGAGAAAGAAGAAAAAAACAAAAAUAAAAAAAAAAUAAAUAAAAUAUCUUUUCUUAGGCUCGAUGGAGCCACCCCAGUUAAACAAAGACAAAAAAUAAUUCACCAAUUUCAAAAUGAUAAAAGUAUCUCCGUUCUGCUAGCAACAACAAAAGUGGGUGGGGUGGGGUUGAGUUUGACGGCUGCAACCCGCGUGGUUUUGUUUGAGCCCGAUUGGAACCCCAUGACAGACGCACAGGAACUCUUCGCGGAGCCCCCCCCGCCACCAAACCCCCACCAAGAGCCAGAGCUUGACGCUCUCACAGAGUAA